AUGAGUGCCUAUGAAACCAACCGCAAUGUCCUUCUUUCUAAUUUCACUUCCGAGACAGAAUUUGACUUUGGCUAUCAUACUUCCUCCGCCGGCGAAGGCCCUGAUACAGUUUACUUACAAGGGCUGUGCCAAGCUGACGUGGAGCCGGAUACUUGCUGGAGUUGCUUCAACAAUGCCACAACCGAUCUCCCAAAGCUGGAUCCUUCAUUUUCCUACAGUUUUAACAAUCCAGAAGAUGCAAAAGACGCGGCGAGCUACACAAGAGCGCUACAAGUUCUAAUGGAAAAGUUAAGAAACCAAGCUUCUGGUGGUAGGGAUGAUUAUAAGGUUGCUGUGGGAAGUGAAACAUCUGAUAAGUCCGAAACUGUUUAUGGUCUUGCUCAAUGCAUGCCUGAUUUGUCUCAGAAAGAUUGCAACGAUUGCUUACAGAACGCUGUCUUGCGAAUCCGAGCUUGUUGUCUGAACAAGGUUGGUGGUAGGGUUAUCGAAUUGAGCUGUAAUCUUCGAUUUGAGAAGAUCCAAUUCUAUGACGACAUAUGA